AUGGAGCAGGCCUGGCCCGAGGAGCACCUGGCCAAGCUGAGCGUCAAUGCUUUGAUCGGCCUGUGGGCGCGCAACGUGGACCUCGUCUACCUGAUGCGCACCUCGAACAACCAGCUCGAUGGCCACGGUUGCCAGUACCGACAGACCUUCGUGGACGCGGCCGGCAAAACGCACUGGGACCACAUCUUCGUGACGCAGCUCUACAGCAACGCCUCGCACCGGCCCGCCUGGGACUUCGUCAUGGCGGCGGAGUACUGCGCCGUGGCCCGCAUUCGACAGAUGCUGGCGGAGGUGCCGAUGCGCUACCUCAAGUUCCUGAAAACCGACUGCCUGGGCUUGCAGGACCUGCCCAAGAAGUACUGGCCUGCGGUGGAGCGGCUCACGCGCCUGCGCCACCCCGACGGCACGCCGGUCUACAGGUGUGAGCAGGUCGAGCAGCUGCGGGGGCGCCACUUCGAGCCGGAAAUCCAGGCUGGACCGCCGCAGCGCCGCGGCUGGGAGCAAGUGGACGACCCGCUGGCCCACUGCCUGCAGGGGCGCAGCCUGCUGCUCACCGGGCUGCCCGGCACGGGGAAGACGCACCUCGCGAGGCGCAUCGUGGAGCAGCUGCGGGAGGCCGGCGACGUGGUGCAGCUGGUCUCGAAGACCCACUGCGCGGCGCAGAACUUGGGCUUGGGGGCUCAGACUGCCGACCACUGGGUGCGUCGCACGGUGCGCAACGGCCGCUGCCAGCUUGACUGGCUGGUGAUCGAGGAAGUCACGCAGAUGGACACGGGGCUCUGGGCCGACGUGGCCUGCGUGGCGCUGGAUCGCGGUGUGCGCUUCCUGCUCAUGGGCGAUUUCCGGCAGCUGCCGGCGGUGCUCGACAGCUUUGCCGGGGCCCGCGUGGAGCGGCCGCUGAAGGACAGCGACCUGCUGCGGGACCUGGCGGGCGGCUGCUGCCACGAGCUCACGGAGAACCGCCGCUCGGACGAGCGCAUCUUCCGGUUCAUCAGCUGGCUUCGGGUGGGCGAGCCCGAGGAGGUGCCCCUGGCCGAGGCCGUGAGGGUGGCGCGCCGCGAGUUCCCGCGGCCGCCGGGCACGCACCCCGACGUGUGCCUGGUGCUCUCGCACGUGCACCGUGUGCAGGUCAACGAGCGGGAGAACAAGCGCCUGGCGCCCGCGGACGCUGUCGUGAUCGAGCACCAGGCGCCGGGCGCGCCCACGACCAACGCCCCGCAGAAGAUGCGAGUUUGGCCCGGACUGCGGCUGGUGGGCGCCGGCGGCAAGGUGGCCAAAGGCACCUUUGUGCGGGUGGCCGAGGUGGGUGCGGAGCGCGUCGCGCUGGACGGCGGGCAGCAGUUCACCCACGCGGAGCUGCUGCGGCAUACGCGGCUGUGCCACGCCAUCACCUACGCGAGCUGCCAGGGGCUGACGCUCCGCGGCCGGGUGUGGCUGCUGGACGCGGGCACGCAGCACUUCAACCUGCGGCACCUCGACGUCGGGGCCAGCCGAGCUACUAGCUCCGAUCUGUUGAGCGUGCUGUAA